AUGUCAGGCGUGUAUGAUCGUGUUCCCAAGUCGGAACCCAGCCCAGCUAUCCCUGGCUUAGCUGUUUCAAUGCCGGCAUCUCAUGGCCUACGUGAUACGAAGUCCCCUCAUGCAAUUCCCGGUUCGUCUCUUGAUAACCUGACAAUGGACAUGAAGAACCUUGUGAAAAAGAUUCAAGAUCUCAGUCACUUGGGGAUUGAGGACAGCAAGAUUAUGCUUCCAAAAAUUUGUGUCGUCGGUGACCAGAGCACCGGAAAAAGCUCCCUUAUCGAGGGUAUCUCUGAGAUCAAGGUUCCUAGAGCCGAAGGAACCUGCACUCGAUGCCCCCUGGAAAUUAAUCUUUCGGAGAGUGAUGACAACUGGAGAUGCGUGGUUCACCUAUCACGUCGCUACAUCUUCGAUCCAUCGAAGCGCACGAAGAUUCCCAAGAAAUCAGAGCCGCUAGGGCCAUGGAUUGCCCUUGGUGGUCAAGAUGAUGAGCAUUUUAUCACCUUGGACAACAAACAGGAUGUUAAAAACGCUAUCUGGUGCGCCCAGUUAGCUAUCUUGAACCCUAGCACCGAUCCACAGGAUUUUGUUCCCGGGUCUACCGACAUGGCCCAGACACCUCAGGUUAAGUUUUCUCCCAAUGCCGUGCGCCUGGAUAUCUCCGGUUCUGGACUUCCCAACCUGUCAUUCUAUGACCUGCCUGGAGUGAUUAGCCAAGCAGAACAAGACAACGAAAGGUACCUCGUGAACCUUGUCGAGAACCUCGUCAAGGAUUAUGUUUCUCAGGAGCAUUGCAUCGUGCUCCUCACACUGCCCAUGACAGAUGACGCGACAAAUUCCAGUGCUGCUCGGCUCGUCCGGGACAUCAGGGGCGCAAAAGAACGUACCCUUGGGGUGUUGACGAAGCCUGAUCGUCGGCCCUCUGACGAAGCAUUUGACCAGUGGCAAGAAAUUCUCGAUGGGAGCAAGUUCAAGCUUGGCCACGGCUACUAUGUUAUUCGGAACAAUCCUGAUCCACUUGUCAGCCACGCCCAAGCUAGAAAGGAGGAAGAGAUGUUCUUCGGUUCUUCGCUGUGGACACGGGAUCUCGCCGCAUUCGAAGACCGCUUUGGCACCAGACAACUUCAAACGGCAUUGUCCGACCUUUUGAUGCGUCAGAUCUUAGGAUCUUUGCCCUCCAUCAUUGCCCAGAUUGAUGAAAAGUCGAAAGCUGUUGAUGACGAAUUGCAAACUCUCCCUAAUCCUCCUACCGAGGAUGUGCAGCGGAUCCUUUGGGGUAAAACUUCGGAUCUUGAGCGAAAGAUUCAUGAACUGUUCGAUGGGACCCCUAGCAUCGAGCACGGUCCUUCCCAGCGAAAGCCGCUGCAAGAGCAGUGGAACAAGAUUGUUAUGGAUCUCCAAACUGCGCUUGCAAAGACACGUCCCAUCUUGGAUGUUGCUGCGCAGAAGGACAAUGAGGACUUGGCUGAAGUUGUCGAUUCGGAUUGCGAGAUGAAGAUUGUGGGCGUCAACACCUCAACACCAAAGAAACGAAAGUCGCCUGCGAACGGUCCUCCCACAUCGGAACCGGCAACUCCGAGAAGAACUGUUUACAGCACUUCACACUUCGAAGGGUCGAAGUCUGCGAGAAUCACUUUGCAACAGCUGACUGAGCUCAAGAUUCGCUCUAACACAGUUGGUGUACCCAACCAGCUCGAUCCUCGGGCGAUUGAAAACUUGAAUAAAAGGAGCGUUGAGCAUUGGGGAAAGCUCAUGGAGAUUUUCCUGAAGGCUACGCAUAGCCUCGUUCACGGCAUGUUAUGCGAAGCUCUCGAAGAAGAGUUCGCCCAAUACCACCAAACUGGGUUGUAUCAGGAGCUCAGGAGAAUCCUGAAAGAAUUUAUGAGCAAGCUUCGCCAAGCUCACCUUCAGAUUGCCAAGGACUACUGCAAGUCCGAGCGCGAAAUACCGUUUACAAUGGCACAAAGCCAGCACCAAGUGUCUAUGCAACUCGCAUCAAACGUGCUGAAAACUCGUCGAUUUAAUGCUCGGGCCACCUGCUGGCUCAAAAUCCGAGGCCAUGAUAUGAGCGAUGAACGGAUUUCCGACAAGAUCAAGAAGAUUCAGCCAGAGCAACUUGGUCCUGAUAGAUACUCUCAGGAACUCGAAAUGAUGGCCAGCUCCCUGGCCUAUUACGAUAUCGCGUCUUCUCGUUUCCUAGACGUCUUAUGUCAGUCCACUCACAUAAAGUUGUUCCGGGCAUGCCGUGCAAGUCUUGUUAAUACUCUUCGUGACGACCUGGAGAUUUUCGGCGAUAACGGUCGUGCCCGCUGUCUUGACCUCAUGACUGAGGACCCCGAGCGCCGACAUCGCCGUGCUCAGUUACUGAAAGAGCGGGAGAAAUUCACCAAAGCUCAGGAAUGGCUGGGCUCUGUCCGGGAUUCUGAUGUGGAAAUGGAAGACUCGGAUCAGACAACUCUUGCAGACAUCAAAGAGGAUUGGUGA